CGUGCGGAAAUAUGGCGCCUACCGGCGCCGAGCCACUUUGGCCAGCAGGAGACCUAAAAUCACUCGACUCUCCGUACAAAAACAUGGCGCCGCCCUGCGUCGAGCAAGCGUCUCUCGGCUAAAGGCAACCUCCCCCUUCCACACGCUGAGGUGCGGCUACUCUGGCCGCUGCCCACCCGAGCCGGACAGGAAGGACCGCUCGCGGCGCGGAGAGGGAUGCGGCCUCGAAGAGGUAGAGGCUGAACCGCCCCUGCCCGCCGCGCAUCGCUCCCGCCUCCUCCGCGGCGCCCGCCUCGCCUGAUUCGCAGCGGGAGCGGCAGGAGGGAGAACACCGACUCCGCGGCAGGCACAGUCGAGGCUGAGGAUCGUUGAAUGAAUGAGCGCCCUCAGAGCGCCCGAGUGGCUCCUGGCGGCACCCUGUAGCCCUUUAAUUGUGGUUAGCGUUUGUGUAAAGCUCGUGUGCCCAUCUGCUGGGCACAGUCCCCGUCUAAUCGUCCCCCCAAUCCUAGGAGGUAAGUAGCUCGGCUUUCCAGGGAGGAAACCCGAGCCACACCGCUAGUAAAGAGCCAGGAUCGGAGCCCAGCAAUUUUCAUGAUGCCACCAAGGCUUGAGUUUCAUGAUCAUCCUCUGUAAGCAGUUCUGUCUCCUUCUCUAAUUUGUAGCAAUGACURUCUGAUGUCUAGCAACCAGCCCUGUGGGAAUUUCUGGGAACUGUGCAAACACUGUCCUGAGAAGAGCGCCCUGAUGCAUCUUAAAAGGAAAGUAAAUAAACUUAAUUGAGAAUGUCUGAAAACCUUGACAAGUCUCAUAUAAAUGAAGCAGGAAAAUCAAAAUCAAAUGAAUCUGAGAAAAGCCUGGGAGGUKCUGUGGAAUGUUCUGAUGAAGCUUUACAGAAAAAAAUAAAGUCGGAUGCUUCUAACCCCCAAAGAGUACAAAGACCUCACUUUUCUGAUAAAGGAGAACUUUCGACACUCUUGUCUUUCUUGCUGCCUGGUCACACUAGAUUGAGAAACCAAAUAACAGAAGUCUUGGAUUUGGAUCUGAUAAAACAGGAAGCAGAGAAUGGGGCCCUAGACAUUUCUAAGCUGGCAGAAUUCAUUAUUGGCAUGAUGAGAACACUGUGUGCACCUGUUCGAGAUGAAGAAGUUGAGAAACUAAAGGACAUUAAAGAAAUAGUGCCCCUUUUCAGGGCAAUUUUUUCUGUGUUAGAUCUAAUGAAAGUAGACAUGGCGAAUUUUGCUGUCACAAGCAUUCGGCCACAUCUCAUGCAGCAGUCGGUUGAGUAUGAGAGGAAGAAAUUUCAAGAGCUUUUGGAGAAACAGCCGAAUAUGUCUCAGGCUUUUCAGGAGUGUGCUGUGCUACUACAGACUUCCUCAGGGGAAAGGGGCACUGGAGUGGAAGGACAGUUCACUCACAGCUGCCCUACGGUUUUGAUGGACCAUCCACGCUUCCAGGAACUCCAGCUCCAGCUAGAGCAGCUGACCAUCCUGGGAGCUGUGCUGCUAGUCACGUUCAACACGGCAGCCCGUGGAAUUUCUAGCCAGGCCAACGCUGCUGAGAAACUCAAGAUGAUUGUGAAGAUUCUGCUAACUGAUAUGCAUCUGCCUUCCUUCCAUUUGGAGGAUGCCCUGACUACGAUUGGGGAGAAAGUGUGCCUGGAGGUGAGCAGCUGCCUCUCGAUGUGUGGGUCCUCCCCCUUUUCUACGGACAAAGAGACCGCGCUCAAAGGCCAGAUCCUGGCUGUGGCCAGUCCUGAUGACCCUAUUCGCAGAAUCAUGGAAUCCCGAAUCCUGACCUUCUUGGAAACCUACCUUGCCUCGGGUCAUCAGAAGCCAUUGCCCUCAGUUCCCGGGGGACUGGGUCCAGUCCAGAAAGAGCUGGAGGAAAUUGCUGUUAAAUUCAUUCGUCUGGUCAACUAUAACAAGAUGGUGUUUUGCCCCUACUAUGAUGUGAUCCUCAGUAAGAUCCUCCACAGAUCCUAACACGUGCACGCCCUACAGCAGCAGUAUUAGCACUUGCCUCUGAACACCUGUUCUCAACUGUACCGUUGCUUUGGAAAAUGGCUAUGUAGUACAUUUAACAGCACUGACUCCAAAGGAAAGGAUGUUGUGUAUCACUGUUGACAAGACUUGUUGAAGAAUGCACUGAAUUCUAUUUUGAGAGAUUGUAUUUAUGAGUGCAAGUUUACAAAUCAAAGAAGCUUUUUGUUAUCCUGAGUUUUGUAGGUAACAGCCAGCAUUGAAGGAGUUGGCAAUCCGUUUCCACUCCUGUUCCAUCGUUAUUGUAGCAGCCACGUCCUCCCAAGGAGACUGGGACAUCUCUCUUCUUUGAUCUGGGUAUUUUUUUUUUUUUUUCCCUUCAGGUGCCCCAUGCUGACAGCUACUAGGAGUGAAAGAGACCAACCCAUGACUUCACCUCUUGCCCCUCCCUCCGGGUAAUUUGUGGUAGAAGGGCUAUAUGUAGUCUUACUGCUUUUUUCCACCUCCAUUUAUACUUCCCGCUGUGCCUAGCCUAACCAGGGCUCCAGAACUCUUGUUCUAGAGCWGUUAUUUGAUUUUUAAAAACUUUUCUGUUGGGCUGGGAACGUAGCACAUCUAUAAAGGCUGGCCUAACAUGCACAAAGCCCUGGUUUUGAUCCCCAGAAUCAUGAAAAGAAAAAACAAAAACUACACAGGAUGGGCACGGUGGUGUAUGCCUGUAGGCCCAGCUACUAAGGAGGCUGAAGCAGGAGGAUCAUUUGGGCCCAAGAGUUCAGGGCCAACCUGGGCAGCGUAGACUCUGUCUUACUAAAAAAAAAAAAAAAAAAAAGAAAGCUUGUUCUUUUCCUCAGAAUUAUUCCUAAGCCUAAAUGAUAGAAAUGAAGGCUUAGGGGAUUCAAAGAAGGAAAUUUUUUUACCUUUAAGCCUUGAAAGUUAAGGAUG